GAUUGUAUAUGUUUGUAUUCAUUCAUCACACAAAGGUUCAUAUUUUUGUUCAAUCAUUAAUUUGAGUUUCGUUGAUUAUCAACUGUGAAUGAUCUGUAUGGUUGUCUCUACUUCUUGAUGGUUGUGAUAUUAUGAAUUGCCAUGCGCAUACAUAUUUAAUGAUGAUGAUUUUUUCUAUGAUUAUUUUGUUUCAUCUUUCGACAAUUCAAUUUAAUCGAAUUACGCAUUAUUGGUAUACUUGUGUACAUUUCGUCCAACCAUAGGUGAAGGGGGACAAAAAAUUUAUGAAAAUCGGUACGGGGAAAGACGUAGGAAGAAAAAUCAUUGCGUGACUGCUGAUUAAUAAAUCAAAAUUCUCACCCCCUCCACUAUGGUGUAGACAAUAAAGACAUUGGCAUACUUCUCUCUCUCAUUCUCUCUCUCUCACACGCACACACACAGACACACAAAAUCUAACCAAUUCAAAUGCACACAAUCAAAUUAUGUUUUACUGGUGAUCAUACUGCUGGAUUCAAACCGAAAAAGCAAGAAGAAAAAACAAUUUUUCUACUGAUAUCAAAUUUUUAGUCUACUCAAACUGCACUUUGUACAUCACAGAUAAUUUUACUGCUUCCAAUAAUAUCAGAUGGCUGAUUUCGGCUAUCACAAGUGCAUUUCGUAAAUAAUAGUUUCUUAUCGUUUUUUGUAAUCGCUCAAAAACUUUGCCUCGUCUCAAAUUAAUAGUAAUGUUCGAUUAUUUGAUGCAGUUCGUUCUUAGAUUCCAAGUGAAAGAGAUUUUAUUUAAUAAAUUGUUUAAAAAUUGUUGAAAUUUCCAAAUAUAUUCCAGCUAACGAUUUUUUACAAAAUGUUGCGCUUACUUCUGAUCGGCUUUUUCGUCAUUUCUCCAGUUUUAGUUUUGGCUCAAGUUAAAAAGACCGGUCAAACGAACGGUUUAGUAAUAGUGUGUAAUGUUCCGUCGGAGUCUGCGCUUGAUGAGGACAAUAGUGAUUUCAACUUGACAAUGGCAGAUUUAAAAUUGUGCACACACUUAAUUUGCAACGAUAAGUCCUACAAGAAUGCACAGCUGCCGUGGGAAUGGACAAAAAUUUCAUAUUUAAAACAAAUGCAGAAAGAUUACAAACAAUUUACUAAUUCACGGAAAAGAUAUCCUGACUUGAAGAUUACUUUAGGUGUUGAUCCAACGCAUUAUUUAUUGUCAACUACAAAUUCAUCCAUUGAUCACAUCAAAUUUGUUCAAAAUGCUUUUCGUUUCGUUUCCGAUCACCAUUUUGAUGGUAUGAAUUUGCUUUGGCGGAAGAAUUUGAGCGAAAGAAAACAAGUUGAAUUUGUAUGUCUUUUGAGACAACUUAAGAAGAUCUUUAAACCAAAUAAACUGCUGCUCACAACAUCGUAUGAUGGAAAAAUCGACAAUAUCAACAAAGAUACAUUUCGUAAUGCGACAGAUAAAGUUGAUUUUAUGCAUAUCUCUGUUUAUGAUUACGAUUCGCUUGAUCAUCAGUAUAAUAAUUAUCAAUCACAUGUGUCCAACAUUUUUUACCACCUAACAUUAGUGAACACUGAACAGAUGCGAAAAAAAUCGUUAUCAAUACCAAUGAACGAUGUAAAUUUGAAAAAGAUCGUUUUCGAACAGAGAUUUUUUGGUUUUGAUAUUAGCAUACCGUUACAUCGUUGUACAAUGCUAAAUUACAAUCAUUUGGAAUACUGAAUGAAAGACAAACUGAAUGGAACAUGUCUUAUCCUCGGUAUAACAGAGAUUGGUUCGAGGCAAUCAAUCAAAACAAUACACGUGCAUUGAUAUUAGAAAGCAAAAAAUGGUUAAUUGAACAAAUUAGAACCACUCUGAUAAUGUGUUCUUUUGGAACUAAGACUAAUUUUGGUGGUUUUAUAAUCAACCUAAAUACAGAUGACUAUUCUGGUACAUGCAAUUUCAAAGAAUCUGCAUAUUUGAAGGGGAUAGGUCGAAAAGAGAAAAACUAUACACUACCAGUGCCAACCAAUCCAACUUUUCCGCUCCUGAAAACCAUUCGUAGUGCAAUUGAACUUUAUUUUGAAGACUAUAUCUCAGACGAUUAAGAUUCAAAAUGAACACAAGUUAGUUGAUGACAUCAAUUACACGAAAUUAUCUAUCAAUAAGUUACAAU